AUGUGCCUUUACCACCGCAUCUUCUACACCUGCAACCACUCCAACUACACCCUAGCCUACAACUGCUACCACGUCCUCUUCCAACUCCAGCGGAUAAACAACCCCUGGGAACGCAGCCGGUUCGACAUCCCCUUCGAGCUCAACCCCAACUGCAAUCCGUCGCAAAGAAACGUCAUUGCUCCGCGUUAUUCAGAGCACCCGUGCGAUGUCUGUGUCCAGAGGGAUCAAGAGAGAAUGUUCUUCGAGGGCGCGAAUUGUUUUUUUGUAGGGACGGGGGGUAGGACGUGA